CCCAAUUUAGUUUGAUAUUAAAAUCUGCCUGGUGUUUUCGAAAUCGCAUAUAAACAGAAUGGUCUUGCACUUUCUUUCUGGGUCAGAUCCAGAAAUCUAGCGUGUUUUAUUUCUUGUUGAAGUUACGAAGUUACCGAAAUGUUUAUCGCAGCAAAAUAUAUACAUCGAAAGGUAAAAGAAUCGAGGAAUCAGAAUCCGAACAACGGUCCUCCAAAGCCUGUUACAGAAAAAAAGCAGGCUUGCCCACACUCACGGCCUUUCCAGGUUGAACUCAGGAGCAGAGCGUCUGCUGAACAUGCUCGGACUUCUCAAGGAACAGCUUCAAUAACAGAAGAGGAUAGAGUGUUAGUACCUCGGGACUUGCCGAAGAGCGACGAAAAGUGUCAAGUCUGCAAGAAACAGAAGCAUGAUGCUCGCGUCUAUCGAUGGAAGCUCAUUGCUGGGUUGUGUCUGCCGUUCAUACUCGCAACAUUGGACCUGACAAUCGUCGCUACGGCAUUGCCAUCCAUAGCCUCCCAUUUUAAUGAGUUUGACGAGCUAAACUGGAUUGUUACUGCCUUUACGUUAACAUCAACCACCUUCAUCCCCAUGUUCGGUCAGUUCGCUGAUGUCUUCGGGCGUGGCGAGACCCUCCAUCUCUCUCUGUUUCUGAUGAUCAUUGGAAGUGUGCUGUGUGCGGCUGCACAAACAUGGGGAAUGCUUCUACUGGGAAGAGCCUUGCAGGGCGUGAGUGACGCCGGGCUGAUGAAUGUUGUUAUGAUUAUCCUCUCGGACAAAGUGUCUCUGAAGGAAAGCGCAAAGACCAAGUCCCUCUUUACCCUUGUUGGGGGUAUAGGCUAUGCUGUCGGACCAACUAUCGCUGUUAUCGCCCAUUUACUAGUCUUUAUCUUGUUGCGCAAUGAACUCGUCGAAGGCACAAUGUUCAAGAAGGGCUCUCGACUGUCAGGGAUUCUCCCAGCUCUCGCAACUGUCGACAUUAUCGGGUCCGUUCUCUUCAUUUUCGGUGUUGGACUCAUCAUCCUAGCAACUGCAUGGGGUGGAGCUACAUACCCCUGGUCAGCGCCUCAGGUCCUCGCCCCAUUGGUCGUGGGCAGUGUUUGCUUCAUUUUAUUCUUCGUCUACGAGUAUUUCCUCGAGCCGGGCCGGAUAUUCGCUCGUAUCUUCCCAAAGCAGGUGGCCAUGCUGCCAUACAGCAUGUUCGCCAGAAAAGACACGAUCUGGCUUGCAAUCGUGCAAUUCUCCACUGGAGCAGCAAUGUAUUCCAUAUUCUACUACAUCGGAAUCUACUUCUCCCUAGUAGAGGCAUACCCAGCCUCAAAAGCAGGCGUACAGUUACUAUACUACAUCCCCGGAAUGGGAGUCGGUGUCUACAUCGCCGUCUUCCUCUGCAACGUCUGGCCAGCCCAAAGCUUCUUCCCCCUUAACAUCGGCACAAUCGUCAGCACCGUCGGCCUCGCCAUGGUAGUAUACGCCAUCCACACCCAAAACACCAGCUUAAUCAACGGUAUGAUGGCCAUAACCGGCGCGGGGACGGGACUCCGCUUCAUGCCUGCCACAUUGCAUAUGGUGGGCGUGUGGCCGGAGAAGAUUGCGCCUGCGCAGUCGUUGAUGCGGUUCGCGCAGCCGUUCGGGGGUACUCUCUGUUUGACUAUCAUGGGGAGUGUUUUCAAUAAUAAAUUCGCUCAGGCGUCGGUUGUAUCUGGGAGCGCAAGUGCCGGUGGGGGGCUUGAUGUGCAUGAUACGAAUUCUUUGGCGUUUAUUGCGGAUUUACCGGCUGAGGCACAAAGGAGUGUCAGGUCGGCGGGGAGGGAUGCUAUAAUGUGGGCUUAUAUCUCUGUUUUGCCGAUUAUGGGACUUAGUCUUGUUACUGGGUUGUUUAUUGGUAAUGUGUGGAUUAAGCCGAAGUCGAAGAAGGAUGAGGAGCAGCGAGACGGGUCGGUGGAUGAGAGCAGUCAUAGUGAAGUGAUCUACGUUCCCUAUCUAUGGGCGUUGUUGAAGGGCAACAUCGACGCCUACAAAAAGACCAACAAGAUAUUGCCAGAAAGCAACAGCAAGCCCACCGAUUACAAUAACUCAUAA